AUGGCUGUUAAAAUCUAUAUCAUCUACUACUCUAUGUAUGGACAUGUUGCAACACUAGCUGAAGAAAUUAAGAAAGGAGCUGAUACUGUGGAAGGAGUAGAAGUUAAGCUAUGGCAGGUACCGGAAACACUGCCAGAAGAAGUUCUUGGAAAGAUGGGUGCACCACCAAAGAGAGAUGUCCCAAUAAUUACACCCACUGAACUUGCUGAGGCUGAUGGGGUUCUUCUUGGUUUCCCCACUAGAUUUGGAAUGAUGGCUGCUCAAUUUAAAGCAUUUAUGGAUUCAACCGGUGGCCUAUGGGGAUCCCAAAAGCUUGCAGGCAAGCCUGCUGGACUUUUUUCAGCACCGCAUCACAGGGAGGUGGACAGGAGACAACUGCGUAACUUGACUGCAGUCACACAGCUUGUUCACCAUGGAAUGAUAUUUGUGCCCAUUGGAUACACAUUUGGAGCUGGCAUGUUUGAAAUUGAGAAAGUGAAGGGUGGCAGCCCAUAUGGUGCAGGUACCUAUGCCGGGGAUGGCACCAGACAACCAACUGAGCUGGAACUAGGCCAAGCUUUCCACCAGGGGAAAUACUUUGCUGGCAUUGCAAAGAAAUUAAAGGGAACUGCUUAA